CCCGUUGAGCAGUUGGAUUGCAACAGAGCUCUCGCAGGAGCGAGGCGCACGCAGACCGUCGGCCCGAGCACUCUUAGCCGGGGACUAGUUUCCAGUCGUCCACUUGGGUCCGGGUAAACAGCACCGCCCCGAUGCUUGUUUGUUCUAAGUGUGGAACGAUCCAUCGCAGCGCGCCGGGCUCGAUUGACGCUGUCUGCUGAUCUGCCACUGCGGAUUGCUCCGAAUAACAAGGCUGCUCGCUAAUUCCCGUCCGCCGGGGCUCUUCGCCGCAAACGCCGAGAGAGUCGCGUCCAAAAAGAAGAAGCCAGCGAGGCAGGCAAGACCGCCGCGCCGCCGGAGUCCGCGCCCCACAAUGGCUUCGGGAGACCUGUACGAGGUGGAGCGGAUCGUGGACAAGAGGCGGAACAAGAAGGGUAAGUGGGAGUACCUGAUCAGGUGGAAAGGUUAUGGAAGUAAGGAGGACACAUGGGAGCCAGAGCACCACUUACUGCACUGCGAGGAAUUCAUUGACCAGUUCAACAGCUUGAGACUGCACUCACACAAACAACCCAAAGCUCCAAAAACUAGUGGAGAUUCCCUCAUGACCAGCCACCCACCUGCAACAGAAAGCUCCAGAGCUAGGUCCGAGGCCCGGAAAAAGAAAAGGACUUUUGGUCCAGCUGUGGGGGUUGGAGUAGGACCUGUCCUAGGGAUUGGGAGUGGAGGGUCAGGGCCCAAACACAAGCAACGGAAGGUGGGUGUAGGACCUGGGAAACAUACUUUAGGUGACAGAAUGAGCAAAGCCAUGACCUACAAGGCUCCUCUGCCACGGGGGCCUCACUUUGUUCCUCCAGUGAGGGUUCCUCAUAAUGGACUCCAGAAUGGAGAGGUGGAGCCUCUCAUGUACAGGGCAGCAACAAGGUCACACAGACUGCCUACAGAGAAAGUGGAUGGAGAACAACGAGACAUUGAUGCGCCUGGACAGCACUACUCCACUGAAUUAGGCUGCCCUCUUGCCAAUGGAAAGAUGCAUCUGAACAGCUCUGUAAAGCGGAAGCUGGCUGAGGAGAAAGGCUAUGUGUUCGACAAGCGGCUCAGGUACAACGUGCGACAGAGCGAGAACAACUGUCGAUUCCGAGACAUUGUGGUCAGGAAAGAGGAGGGGUUCACGCACGUCCUGCUCUCCAGCCAAACGACAGACAACAACGCUCUGACACCAGAGAUCAUGAAGGAAGUGUGUCGAGCACUGGGUAACGCAGCCGCGGAUGACAGUAAAUUACUCUUGCUCAGCUCCGUGGGAACCGUUUUCUGCAGUGGCCUGGAGCCGUCCUACCUGAUAGGCCGUCUGUCCACUGACCGCAGAAAAGAGAGCAGCCGCAUCACAGACGCUGUUCGGGACUUCGUGUUGGCAUUUAUUCACUUCAAGAAACCCAUUGUGGUGGCAAUAAACGGGCCUGCUCUGGGCUUAGGGGCCUCCAUCCUACCACUGUGUGACGUGGUGUGGGCCAGUGAGAGGGCCUGGUUCCAAACUCCAUGUGCAGCCCUCCAUCUCACCCCCUCAGGAUGCUCCUCCUACACCUUCCCCCAGAUCCUGGGUGUAGCUCUGGCCAACGAGAUGCUGUUCUGUGGAAGGAAACUCACAGCACAAGAAGCGUGCAGUCGAGGUCUGGUGUCGCAGGUAUUCUGGCCAACCACAUUUAACCAAGAAGUGAUGCUGCGUGUGAAGGAAAUGGCGUCGUGCAAUGCAGUGGUUUUAGAAGAGUCCAAAUGCCUGGUGAGGAGCAUCCUCGUGCCACUGCUGGAGGAAGUGAAUGAGAAAGAGUGUCAGAUGCUGAAACAGCUGUGGUGUUCAACCAAAGGACUAGAGGCACUCUUUAGUUACCUGCACAACAAGGCUUAUGAGAAGUAACCAUCCACACCGAGGAAACCAGAGGUGGUUAGUGUGGGUGUGACGCCACCUACAGUGUGACCUUCAGCAGACUGAGGUCGUGAUCUCAAAGUAAAGAAAAGCUGCGUUAAGGUCCUUCGUUUUCAUCCAUCAGCAGAGGGGAUACACUGGAUUUCUGUUUGCUUACAUUGCUACCAACAAAACCAAAAAAAAUCUGAUGUGACCAUCUUUUAAAGCAACCUUUUUAUUGGACCCCAAAUCCGUCCGGAUGUUUCUUCUUUUUGAAGGAGUCAAAGAGCAAAGGGCCAAAUGUGCAUUGCUUCAAUGCAGGGAGGUGCAGAGUGUUUCUGCAAGCACAUGAUAAAGUGAUAUUAAUAUAUGUUAAUAUAUAUUUAUUUUAAAACAGUUGCUUUCUGGAUAGAAUAUACAUUUUUUAUGAUUUUCUUUUGUUGCUUAUUGUUUCAACUUGAAGUGUAAAAACCAAAGUUUGCAUGAGGAGAGUUUCUUGCUUCUGAACAUGCACAUUCCUUCUGCUCUGUAUGAACAGAAACUCAUACAUACUCAAGUCAAAUACAGACUGCUUAAAGAAAAUUUAAGUUUAUAACAUUUUUUGACAGAUAAUUUUAGCACCCAACAAUAGCCAACCAUGCUAUUUGCACCCAGUUGUUAGUCUCCCCUGGAACACUUCAAUGUAAAGGCUUUCUUACAUGCUUAACAUUGUGAAAGGGGUCUAUUUGAACCCAAACCAUUAUCUGUCCUGAACUUUAACUAGUUUUGUAGCCUAAACCCUAGUCAACUAAGUGUAAAAAAAAAAAGAAAAAGGUCAAUGUCUCCUGAGAGAAAGUCCUGUUUUUGCCCACUUCCUCAAACUCAGAUUCCUCCCCAUUCGGACCUGACCGGACUUCAGACAUGAACUCCAGAAAAAUGUCUGGACAUUUUCUGGAUUUUUCCAUUCACUUGACGAACGCAGCAGGAGAUUGUCCGAGUCAGACGCGUUCAGGCAAACAGGAGCAUUUCCGGAACAUUCUAUGGUGUCUUGGCAGAGCAUGCAGGAGGCAGAAUUUCCAGCUCUAUUCACAUGGUCUCAUUGGCAGGUAAAGUCCCAGAAAAUGUCCGCAGCGACAUCUGCGCACAUUUGCUUCUAACACACAGCCCCUCCGAAAAAUGUUGGGACUUCAGUGCAUCUCUGAAAGCCGUUUGUGUCACAUCUUAAUACUGCCUCACCUGGCUUCCUAAAGCUUAUCUGUCUGAAAGUGGUAUUUAAUAAACUUACUGGUGGCAGACGUUUUGAAGGCCACUUGGUGUAUGGCACAUAUUAAACGCUGCAUAAAAACAACUUGUGUCAUCCUGUUUGCCAUUUUUUUAAACUAACACAUGCUCGGUGAAGGUGAAAAAACAAGCCACUUAGGAGCCGUUAAAGGUUCCACACUGAUGUAGAAAGCUGAAUAGCUGCCGUAUGGCUUUUCUCACCUGGGUGCAAAUAGACCGUGUUUUUUAAUCACAAUUGAUUGUUUGGGCUCUAAAAGUCUUUAUUACAAAAAUACAGUCAUCUCAUUUUCCAGCAACUUUGUUAUGAUUAUCAGAAUUACCAAAAAUGUUCUUCCUUCAACAUGAAAUCAAGUCUCGAGAGCAAACUUGUACGUGAUGUGAUAUCAUCCUCCUACAAUCAACAUUCAUCUGUUUUUAGUUAUUUUCACCUAAAACAACAUAUUUAUGUAUAAGAUAUGGCAAGGGAUCAAUAUAUUUUGUAUUUAUACAAAUACAGUCUCAUUUGGUUCAGGACGUUGCUUCAAGGGAAACUUGUUUGAAUCGAAAUGCACAGAUUUUAAUUUCUCCCAGAAAAUAAGUGGAAAAGGAGAACACCAGACGUCUCAUGUGAAUGCUACAACUACAUGUACAACUACAUGUACAAAUAUGUCCGUUCUUAAAUAACAGUUUGGCUCGAGUACAAAAUUGCUAUAGAUAAUUAAAUGAAUUUGUGUCACAUCACAUGGAAAGAUUAGCAAUGAAUUUGAUCUCACUUUGUUUCGAGCUCAUUAUUAUACCGCCUUGCAUGUGGAACUGAGGUGGUUAUUACAUACAGUACAACAUAGCUUUGAGUUUUCAAUGCAGACAUUGAUUGUGUGAAAUGUGAUUUUUCUUUUUUUCUUUUAUCAUGUUGACAUCAUCUGACAGUUAUUGGUAAGUUGUGUACUUUGAGAGCGCCCAAAACAGAUGAAUCUUGCUCGGUCCUCUAGUAAUCACAUAGUGACUACACUAAUUGUCAGUGAUCAAUAUUGUGAAAAUGCAACAGUUGUAAACCUGGAGUCCACUUUGUCCCUGCAUCUGCAUGUGAUGAGUUAAGAUUACAAUAAAUGUUAUUUUUUGAUGUGUAUUAUAGUUAGGAAUCUAUUUUGUUUUACCCAGAAAAAAUAAAUAUAUAUAUAUAUAGAGGUCUGUGAAGUUGUUUUGUAAAAGUACAAAAGAUAUUUGUCCAUCUUUGCAGUUGUACACAUGCAGUACAGAAUAAUAUAUUGAUAAUGUCGACUGUUUUGUGCAACGAAUUGCAUGUAAUAUACUGUACAUAUGAAUGUGUUGCCUGUCUGAACACUUUGUAUUUCAGGUUAUGUUUUGUACCGGCGUUGUAAGUAAUCAUUAGAAAUGUUGCAUUUUAUUUUUGUAUUUAUUUGAGAUAACUGUUUGGAUGUGCAGUGCCAUGUGGUUUCCUUUGCUCCAGAGGCCCCUCGACUCUCUUAAUCACCCCCUCAAAACUGUCCCGUAAAAACUUUAAUAAACAAAAUGUUCAGGAAAUCCGUGACCCUUAAAGCAUAAAGCGGUGUAGAUAAUGGAUGGAUGUCAGGAAAGUAAUAUAUACAUAUAAAAUUUCAAGGCCAAAAUGGUAAAACACUGUUGUCACCUGAAUGUUUCCAUUUUCAUUUGACAUAUCAAAUUUGCUGUAAAUUAUUCAAGUCAUGUCAGAUAAUUCAAUAUGAUAUUUUGUUUUACUGAGCUUUUUAAGUAUAAACAAAUGAUUGAUAAAUUGACCUCUAUUGUAUUUGAGCUUUCUUAAGUUCAAGCAUUAAAUACCCCAUGAGGUUGUUUAUUGAUUUUCAGUUUCAUUCAUGGCCAUUGCAGUUUGGUUGCAAGGAAUGAUGGUUUGAUGUUUUGAAGUCAUUAAAUAAAUCAAAUUCUAACUUUGUCAUCUUAUCUUAACCUGCCAGAUAUGUAAUGAUCUACAAAACACUGAUUUGGCUCACACAAUCCAAAAUGUUCUCACAGGCAACUUGGCAGGAUUGAGACCAAAACCUAUUUUUAUUCUUAAACAAUCGAUUGAAAGACGUUGGGAUUUCUUCAGCUAUAUUCCUUGUCUGUUGAUGUGUUAAAUCCCGGUGUUGGUGUUGCUUGUCUUCAUGGACCCAAGAUGUGCAGGAGGACCUGUGUAACGUGUCUACUGUGAAUCAGUGAAUGCAGAUCAUUCAGGCCCGCGUGGACACACACUUCAUGACAGGGGUCUCUAUGUAUUUAUUCAUUUAUUUAUUUUAAUUAGUAAGAUAUUCUGAUUGAUUUUCUUUGUGUUGCCUGAGAUAAAAUAGUUUCAAAUCCCCCCUAAUGCACCAGAUCCAAAUGUCCACCUCAGCAUGUUUGACGUGUGCUUGCUAUUGAAAUUUGACUCAAAUAACAUAUAACUUUGAUAACUAGAACAAAAAAUCUUAAUCCUGUUUGCUUCAUUAUUUAUGACAAAUUAGUUUGUGACAGGGUUCUUUCUGUCUUUUACAAUAUCUUGUGUUGACUCAUGCAUGUGUAUUUUCACUGUUCAUGUUUUUUUCCCCUCACACUUUGUCACAGAGAACAUCUUGGGGUGCCUUGCAAUUUAAAUAAAUGUCAAAGAUGGAUCCAUAAGUUGUGAUGGGUAGAAUGAGCUGCUUCAAAUAAAGAAACCGUACUUUCA